CUUUCUUCUGGCUGUAUUUUUGUUUUCGUUAACCUCUUAUCUGUCACGUAGUAAUUUACUGUAAAAACAUCAGAAUUAUUAUAAUGUAUUUUGUAGUCAAAGCUACUGUAUUUCUAUUUUUUUUAAUAAAUGCUAGUCAAAGUUCAAGUGCAGCUAUACCAGUUGUCCUUUGGCAUGGAAUGGGCGACAGUUGCUGCUUUUCAUUUAGUCUCGGGUAUAUUAAAAAAAUUCUCGAGAAUGAGAUUCCUGGAGUUAACGUGCACUCAAUUAGAAUUGGAAAAGAUGAAAUAGAGGAUGUGGAGAACAGUUUUUUCAAAAACGCCAAUGACCAAGUAAAAGAGGCUUGUGAAAUAUUGUCCAAUGAUGAAUCAUUGAAAAAUGGAUACAAUGCUAUUGGAUUUUCACAAGGAUCACAAUUUUUGAGAGCUUUAGCUCAACGGUGUCCGGAUCCUCCAAUGUUAAAUUUAGUAUCAAUCGGCGGACAACAUCAAGGCGUCUAUGGGCUUCCAAGAUGCAUGUCUUUGGACAAUGUCUUCUGUGAUUAUCUAAGGAAGCUUCUACAUUAUGGAGCAUACUUCAAAAUGGUUCAAGAAAGAUUCGUCCAAGCCGAAUAUUGGCAUGAUCCAGAGAAAGAAGAUGAAUACAAAAAGUACAGUAUUUUCUUAGCUGACAUAAACCAGGAAUUGACAUUAAAUCAGACUUACAAAGAUAAUUUAAAGAAGUUGAAGAGUUUUGUUCUGGUGAAAUUUAACCAAGAUACUAUGGUUGAACCUCUUGAAUCCGAAUGGUUUGGAUUUUACAAACCUGGACAAUCGAAAGUAAUCCAAACUCUACAAGAAUCGGAUUUAUACAAAGAGGAUCGCCUUGGACUAAAAGAAAUGGAUGAACAGGGAAAAAUUCACUUCCUUUCUAUUGACGGGAAUCAUUUGCAAUUUUCCGACCGCUGGUUCAUUGAAAAUAUAAUAAAAAAAUAUCUGAUUUAAACAAACGGGCAAUUUUUGUACAAUUUAUAUUUUUAUAAGCUAAUAAACUCUGUUAAGUACCAUUCCGGAUUUAAAUGAUUAUUUGAAUUAUGAAGAGACGAAAUAUGUGUAGCGAAAAUACUCAAACUUUUGCAUUUGUUAAUUCAGAUUGUUAAUUAAUAAAAGAAUAAUUUCUUA